GUGACUUUUAAUUUGCCAUUUGGGAAGCGUCUCUGAUACGCAGACUCUCACGGACUGACUGUUACCUGCGCACACCGCCAUCCAUCACCGUCACCUGAGCCUCGGCAUGUCACAAAUGUGGAGACACAAACCUCCAGCGCUCCUCUCGCUCGUCGGUGUGAUGCUGCUGUGGCCGUAUGUACUGACCAAGAGUGUCUCAUCCAGUCUGCACACUGCGGACAGCGCUUCUUUAUCUGCAGAGCAGAGAGAACAGCGCCCUCAUGUGGCGAAGCGGUCGACACAGACCUGUGACAGCACGUAUGCCAACUACUGCCUGAACAGAGGACAGUGCAUGCUGCUGGUGGACAUCAACACGCAUCACUGCACGUGUGAGGCUGGCUUUAAUGGACCCAGGUGUGAGAACCUAGAGCUCGUCUUUCAACCAAUGAGAGAAGAGCAGAUAAUUGUUACUGUAUUCUGUCUGAUUCUGUUGCUCAUUGGUCUGGCUGGAGCUCUGUAUUUCUGUUGCAAAUGGUAUAAGAAAAACAGAUUCCCUGCAUCACUACAAGCGGCGGGAUCACAGAGGAAACCAGGCUGUUUACAGUGUCUCCCACACACGCCCACUACAUCCGCAGGAAAGGCAAACCAGGAUUUUCCCGUUUCCCAACUGAAAGAUUUCAACACACCAUGAUGUCACCUGAUAUGCCACUUUAGCCUACUCACACUACUGUCCCGCAAACGGCUUUGGAUCAGGAACUCAAGCAGGCAGCUCAGCGCUACAGACAUUAGAGCUCUCAAGAGACAGCUUUGUCUUUUGGUGCGAUUAUUGUUUCUAGAUUCUCCAACUUACAAACAACACAGGAAAACAGGUUUUGCCCAUAAUGACUGUGGGUCCGGCCAGUUUAGAUGUAUAAUGAACAAAUAGGAAGGGGAAGAGUGGACCACCGGCACAUCGAUAACACAAGUGGUAAAACUUCCCAUAGGCCCUUUCAGUUUCAGUUUUCAGUUUCUGAAUGUAACCGUCGCAGUAUGAGCACACCUGUGUCGGUUUGAUUUACUCCAGACUCUGAUUCUUGUCAGUCAAUGUGACGUCAUACUACAAAGAGCUCAUCUCCGAGCUUCAUUGAGGCGGCAGAUCUUGAAAUGUCCGCUUUAUUUGCCUUAAAGACAAACAUAAAUCAAUGUAGCUGCCAUUUCCCAUUCUCCUGAGACACAGCUGUGUGCUACGCGUUGCUUUUUAAAUUUGGCAUUUCUGCUUGGUUUCGCUUUUAUUUAUUGUACUUUGUAUUUUGUUUACCUUUCACAUCAUGAGAAAUGCUUACAAAACUGCUUUUGUUGUCACCGCUGCUAUAGAGUAAAACUGGCCACUGAAGGUACCAGUCAAUGUUUUUGAGAAAGUACUCUUUUGAUAAUUUAUAAGUGUUGUCUACACCGGGAUAUUACUGUAUCUAUUACUGAAUAGAGGAUGCAUUAUUUAGGUUUUGUGUCUCCAUGCCUUCAGUCAUACUUCAUUUGUUGUGACAGUCUGAAGGUUCCUGCGCGGCGUCUUCACAUUCUUCCACAUUUUUCCUCCGUGUGAUCAACCGUUAUCAAAUAUGCACAGACGGGAGUCCAAAUAUUUCACAACGACUGUCAUGUCUUGCAGGACAUUCUAGUAUUUUGCAGUGUCACCUGUGCAUUCAUGUAUGUAGUGAAAAGUGUUUAAUGGAACAUGAAUAAAACAAAUGCAUUUUCAUGAG